CAUGCCAUUCACUAGGUUCAAUUGGAUCGAUUUUCAUCAGUAGAUGAGGCAUUGGACAAUGGAAUGGAAUGCUUGGAUUCCUUGUUGUCUAAGGUUCAUGAUAUAAUCAAUCCAAGACUAUCUUCUGGCUCAAUAGAACUAAAUGCUCAGAGGCUCCAUCAUAAGUUAGAGGUUUCGCGUCUAACAACUGAAGCAUAUAAAACAGCCGUAAAGAAGGCAAAGGAGCAUAUUUUAGAUGGUGACAUACACCAAGUUGUUCUAAGUCAGCGGUUUGUAAGGAGAACUUUCUCAGAUCCAUUUGAUGUUUAUAGGGCAUUGAGUAUCGUGGAUCCAAGUCCUUUUAUGGCCUAUAUACAAGUUAGGGGGUGUAUCCUUGUUGCUUCAAGCCCUCACAUUCUCACCUAUGCUUGUAAAAAGGUAAAACUGUCACUUUAGUGUAUAUUUAGCUUCUGGAAUUACCCUUAUUUUCUCAUACCCCUGAAUUUUAGAUUUUUUUUUUUUUUUUUUUUGCAGGGAAAGUUUACUAAUUUAACUCUUUCUAAAACUGAGAGAAAAUAUGAGAAAUUUAAGGAGGAUUCUCUGUUAGGAAAGCAGCAUAUUAAUGGCAGUAAACAUCAUGUAGAGGACAUCAGGCAAGCUGACUUGGGAAACAACUAUGUCAAAAAGGUUUAUAUUUUAUCUUCUAUGGCUUACUCUACUUAAUAAAAAGGAAAGUUAACAAAAUAAGGCCUAUAUCAUGCUAGUUCUACAGCCACAGGAAGCUACAACUUAUGUUGACCUAUAACUUAGAUUUAGUUGAGUGUAUUAUCCUGAGGGUGGUGAAGUCUAGUGAUUAUCCCAAACAUGUGUAGAAAUGUAAUAGUGUAGUAUGUUUUAAUAGCAAGUGAAUAAACUAGAUUACCAUAGGUAAUUUGCUCAUAUGCAUGCAUCAUUCUCCCACAUUUACUCAAUUGAUUCAGUCAAGAUGCCCUUUGUAUUUUGGCUUCAUUUAACCACAACAUAGAAAUACCUUUUUACUUGAAGUUUUUAUUCUAUGGAUUAUAAUUUAGUCAAGUCAUUUAGCUAGUCAGUAGCUGGCUCUCAUCUUUACACAGCAUUUGAGAUUCCCUUUUCAACUCAUAAAUUAUUUGGGAAAAUAGCUGAUAAAAAAAUUGGUUAUCUUCUCUUUUCCUUGCAGAUAUGAAGACUUGAAGCCCCCUACUUCGCCAACCCCAACAACUCCUAAUUCAUUGGCCACUUCCAUGGCCUCGGAUGGUGCUGAAUCUCAGACAGCUAGUUUGUCAAAUAAUGGUCCAGUUGAAUCUAUUGAAGCACAAGAUGUAGGGAAUGAGCAGACUUUCGCACAGCCAAAGCCAAGACCACUUUCACCGUAUACAAUGUAAGUCAGUCAACAUUCAAUCUUUCUUUCUUUUUUUUUUUUACCGAAUAUUUUCUGUUUACCAUUUCAAUGGAUAAGAGGUUUCUCAUCUUGCUGGAAUACUAAACUGAAUAUGCACACGUAUAGUAGUAUUGUCCUGAGAGCAGAAUUCCAGUCUUUCUUUUUGGAAACGGUGGUGGUUGCUCAACUAAUUCGACAAAUUGAAAGAUUAUUUAAGUGUGUCUAUAGAUUAGCCUGAUUGUAACUCAUUGAGGCUAGAUGCUAACUAGUUAAAGACAGUUUCAUUGUAGUAUAAUUAUCUGGUAAUCUGGUAUAGAUGAAUACUUUGUAUUAGUAUAUUGUCU